GCAUUAAAAGCUGCCCAUGCUGGAAUAUCAUUGUCUGAAACAGAGGCAUCAGUGGCUGCACCAUUUACAUCUCGAGUUAAUAAUAUAGAAUGUGUUCCAAUCUGUAUCAGAGAAGGACGUGCUGCUUUAGUCACAUCAUUUGGAUGUUUUAAAUACAUGGCUUUAUAUAGUUUUAUACAGUUUGUUUCUGUCUUACUUUUAUAUUCUUAUGGUGCCAACUUUUCUGAUUUUGAAUUCCUGUACAUAGAUUUGGUUAUUACAACCUCUAUUGCAAUAUUAAUGGGUUAUACAGCAAGUUAUGGUCAACUAGUAAAACAGAAACCAGCAGGAAGUUUAAUGAAAUUAUCUAAUUUAUUUUCUAUUAUAAUACAAGUAUUAUUAGUUGUUGCCUUUCAACUCGGCGCUUUCUAUUAUUCUAAAGAACAACCUUGGUUUGUACCAGCUCCUAAAGAUGGUUCCAGUGAACAUGUUUUAAGUUGGGAAAGUACUAUAAUAUUUAUUGUGUCAUCCUAUAUGUAUAUAGCAGUAGCUUUCUCUUUUUCAAAGGGUCCACCAUUUAGAAAACCAAUAUAUACAAAUAGUAAGUACUCAUAA